AUGGCUCUGCUGUGCUUCGGCGCAAGUCGAGGCCAGCCGAUCGCAAGCUACGAUGCCUACUGUGGUAAUUCGAAGGUCGACAUUCCCAAAGGAACUUCGUACGUCUGCUUUGUCUCGCAUGACGGCGUUAUUGUUGAUGCGGCACAAGUCUCGUCCUCGACCCGUGUCUAUCCCAACGACGAGACCUCAUUCGACCAGCCCGAUACGUCGCUGGACUUUGUCACAGACACCUUCGAGGUGAUCGUCCGACCUAGUGCUCAAAAGGUCGACGAAGGAUGUGUGGACUACCUGAUCGUGCCCCCGGGUACAGCCGACGUGAACCACGACAGGUCUAGUCUUUCCGGCGAUGCAUGGUAUGGCUGGAUUACGACUGGCUCCGAAUUGUAA